GAGAGAGAGAGAGAGAGAGAGAGAGAGAGAGAGGAAAAAAAAAAAAAAAAAAGAAAGAAAGCAACAAAUUCUAGGGUUUGACUGAGGGGAAAAAAGGAAAAAAAAAUUGCACAUCCUCCAAUCGCGUGAAGCCCACAACAGCGAUAGAGUCGCAGUUGAGUCACUACUGGAAUUGCCGAUCUAUCUCUGUCCCUCCUCAGCUCCAUUUCCACUCCGCAAUUUUCGUUUUUUUAAGGAGAGGCAAAAUUCGAGUAAAAAAAGAGAGAGAGAGAGAGAGGCGGAGGGAAACUACAGCUGUGUGUAAUGUUUUGAACGUUGGGAUCGGGAGGGUAAAAUUGGGGUUUUGUCAAAGUUUUGGAGGGAUUUGGCUUUUUCCUCUAUUUCUACUCUGUUUCUGCUUUUUUCUGAUUUUUCACUUUCUGGGGGAAAUUUAAAAGCAUUGGUUUCAUUUUGGUAUUAAAUUUGCAUGCAAUCUACUGGGGGUGGUGGUGGUGGGCCCAGCCGAAUGGGCCCGGCUGGGCGGGCGGCAUCCACGUCAUCAGCAGCAUCGCCAUCUUCUUCUUCCUCUGCAGUAUCGACGCCACAGUUAGGGUUCGACUCAGUACAGCAGCAGCAGCAACAGCAAAUAGGAUAUAGACAGGCAUUGCAACAACAAUUACAUAGAAAACCUGAAGGCAAUGAAACCUUUCUAGCUUAUCAAGCGGGAGCAUUUCAAGGAGUUAUAGGAGGAGGCAAUUUUGCUUCAUCUCCAGGUUCAGUGCAAAUGUCUCAACAGUCCAAAAAAUUCUUUGAUUUGGCUCAGCAGCAUGGUUCCUCCCAGGAUGGCCAGAAUAGGAAUCAAGCUGUUGAGCAGCAAGUUAUGAAUCCAGUUCAUCAGGCAUAUCUUCAGUUUGCUAUCCAGCAACAAAAGUCAGCUUUUGCUAUGCAGUCACAGCAAGCAGCUAAGAUGGGAAUGUUUGGCCCCGCAACUAGCAAGGAUCAUGAUAUGCGAAUGGCAAGAAUGCAAGAAUUCAUGUCCAUUCAGGCAGUUAACCAAGCUCAGGCAUCGUCAUCCAAAAUCUCAUCCGAGAAUUCUCGUGGUGAAAAGCCAGUGGAGCAAUCACAACAGCAAGCUUCUGAAUUGAGGAAUGAGCAAAAGCCUUCAAUCCAUCCCCCUGUCUUUGGACAACAAAUGCCUUCUAAUGUUGUGAGACAGAUGCAGGCACCACAGCCUCAUCAAAGCAUCCAAAAUAUGGCAAACAACCAGCUUGCAAUGGCUGCGCAGUUGCAAGCAAUGCAAGCAUGGGCACAUGAGCGCAACAUUGAUCUGUCAUUACCUGCAAAUGCCAACCUGAUGGCGCAACUCAUUCCACUCAUGCAAUCAAGGAUGGCUGCACAGCAAAAGGCUAAUGAAAGCAGUGCAGGUCCACAGGCAUCACCUGUUCCUGCAUCAAUGUCCAAGCAUCAGGUUGCUUCUCCACCUGUUGCAAGUGAGAGUUCUCCACAUGCUAAUUCCUCUAGUGAUGCAUCUGGGCAGUCUGGCCCUCCUAAAGUGAGGCAGAGUGUUCCAUCUGCUCCUUUUGGCCCCAGUUCCAAUGUGGGGUUGGUCAACAGCACCAACAACCUUGCAGGGCAACAGCUUGCCUUUCAGAGCAGAGAGAACCAAGGGCCUCCCAGAACCGGGGCUGUGCUUGGCAAUGGAAUGCCUCCCAUGCAUCCACCUCAGUCAUCUGCAAGCAUCAGUCAAGGUGCAGAUCAGACUUUGCCUGCAAAAAAUGCAUUAAAUAGCCCCGAAAACUUACAAAUGCAGCAUCUGAAGCAAUUGAGUCGAUCUCCUCUACAAUCUGCUGGCUCUUCUGAUGAUGGAGGAUCAAACAACCAGUUCCCAUCACAGGGUGGGCCUGGUGUCCAGAUGGCACAACCACAUGUUGGGUUCACUAAACAGCAAUUACAUGUUCUUAAAGCACAAAUACUAGCAUUUAGGCGACUGAAGAAAGGAGAAGGUACACUUCCUCAAGAGCUUCUUCGAGCUAUUGCUCCACCACCUCUUGAGUUGCAGUUGCAGCAGCAGUUACUUCCUGCGGGAGGAGCUAAUCAGGAUAGAUCUGGUGGAAAAAUAGCUGACGACCAAGUAAGGCAUUUGGAAUCCAUUGAGAACUCUCAGGAAAAACCAUCUGUUAAUGGACAGAAUAUUGCAAAAGAGGAAGCUUUUGCAGGAGAUGAAAAAGCGACAAUCUCAGCAAGUCAUAUGCAAGCUACAACAGCUCUGAUAAAGGAACCUGCAACGUCAGUGGGUGCUGGAAAAGAAGAGCAGCAAACUGCUACAAUUUCUGUUAAGUCAGAUCAGGAGGUGGAACGAAGUCUGCAAAAAACUCCUGUUAGAAGUGAUGUUACUGCAGAUAGGGGAAAAGCUGUUGCACCACAGUUCCCUGUGUCUGAUUCAAUGCAAGCAAAGAAACCUGCACAAGCAAGCACUCCACCCCAGACUAAAGAUGCUGGCUCUGCCAGAAAGUACCAUGGACCACUAUUUGAUUUUCCAUUUUUUACUAGGAAGCAUGAUUCAAUUGGGUCGUCAGGGAUGAUUAACACUAAUAAUAAUCUAACAUUGGCAUAUGAUGUGAAAGAUCUUCUUUUCGAGGAAGGCAUGGAAGUGCUUAACAAGAAGAGGUCAGAAAAUCUGAAGAAAAUCAAUGGUUUACUGGCAGUAAAUUUAGAGAGGAAAAGGAUAAGACCGGAUCUUGUGUUACGGUUACAAAUUGAAGAAAAAAAGCUUAGGCUUCUAGAUUUACAAGCACGCAUAAGAGAUGAAGUCGAUCAACAGCAGCAGGAGAUAAUGGCAAUGCCUGACAGGCCAUAUCGGAAGUUUGUUAGGUUAUGUGAGCGUCAACGGAUGGAGCAAGCUAGACAAGUGCAAGCUUCUCAAAAAGCCAUGAGAGAUAAGCAGUUGAAAUCCAUCUUUCAGUGGCGUAAGAAACUUCUUGAGGCUCACUGGGGCAUCCGUGAUGCACGAACUGCCCGCAAUAGAGGAGUUGCCAAAUACCAUGAAAGAAUGUUGAGAGAAUUUUCUAAGAGGAAGGAUGAUGACCGCAAUAAAAGGAUGGAGGCGUUAAAGAACAAUGAUGUUGAAAGGUAUCGGGAAAUGUUGCUGGAGCAGCAGACUAGCAUCGCAGGUGAUGCUGCUGAGAGAUAUGCAGUUCUCUCGUCAUUCUUGACUCAGACUGAAGAAUAUCUUCAUAAAUUGGGAGGUAAAAUAACUGCUGCCAAGAAUCAGCAGGAAGUGGAGGAGGCUGCAAGUGCUGCAGCUGCAGCUGCAAGACUGCAGGGUCUAUCAGAAGAAGAAGUAAGGGUAGCAGCAGCAUGUGCUGGAGAGGAAGUAAUGAUAAGAAACCGAUUUAUGGAAAUGAAUGCACCCAGGGAUAGUUCAUCCGUUAGCAAAUAUUACCAUCUUGCUCAUGCUGUUAAUGAGAGGGUCUUAAGGCAGCCCUCCAUGCUGCGAGCUGGAACCUUACGAGAUUAUCAGCUUGUAGGGUUGCAGUGGAUGCUCUCUUUGUAUAACAACAAGUUAAAUGGAAUCCUGGCAGAUGAGAUGGGUCUUGGAAAGACUGUACAGGUGAUGGCAUUGAUUGCUUAUCUGAUGGAAUUUAAAGGAAACUAUGGCCCACAUCUUAUAAUUGUACCUAAUGCUGUUUUGGUUAAUUGGAAGAGUGAGUUACAUAACUGGUUGCCAUCUGUAUCAUGCAUUUUUUAUGUCGGUGGAAAAGAUCAGCGGUCGAAAUUAUUCUCUCAAGAGGUUGCUGCCAUGAAAUUUAAUGUUCUUGUGACAACUUAUGAAUUUAUCAUGUAUGAUCGAUCAAAACUUUCUAAAGUGGAUUGGAAGUAUAUCAUAAUUGAUGAAGCACAGAGAAUGAAGGACAGGGAAUCAGUUUUAGCCCGUGAUCUUGACAGAUAUCGCUGCCAGAGGCGCUUACUUCUAACAGGAACUCCAUUACAGAAUGAUUUGAAGGAGCUCUGGUCACUUUUAAAUCUACUUUUACCAGAAGUUUUUGAUAACCGGAAAGCAUUUCAUGAUUGGUUCUCAAAGCCCUUUCAAAAGGAAGGUCCUUCUCAUGACGCAGAGGAUGACUGGCUUGAAACUGAAAAGAAGGUCAUCAUCAUUCAUCGCCUCCAUCAAAUUUUGGAGCCUUUUAUGCUGAGGCGUCGUGUUGAAGAUGUGGAAGGUUCGCUUCCACCCAAGGUUUCCAUUGUUUUGAGAUGUAGAAUGUCUGCUAUUCAGAGUGCCAUUUAUGAUUGGAUCAAAUCUACUGGUACUCUUCGAGUUGAUCCUGAAGAUGAGAAGCUCAGGGUUCAAAAAAAUCCAAUAUACCAGCCUAAGGUGUACAAAACUUUAAAUAACAGGUGUAUGGAACUUCGGAAGGCUUGCAAUCAUCCUUUACUAAAUUACCCAUAUUUUAAUGACUUUUCCAAGGAUUUCCUGAUCAGAUCUUGUGGGAAACUCUGGAUUCUGGAUAGGAUCCUUAUAAAACUUCAAAGAACAGGGCAUCGGGUGCUACUUUUUAGCACGAUGACAAAACUCCUUGAUAUUUUGGAGGAAUACUUGCAAUGGCGACGUCUGGUAUACAGGAGGAUUGAUGGAACAACUAGCCUCGAAGACCGAGAGUCAGCUAUUGUGGACUUUAAUAGCACUGGUUCUUACUGCUUUAUCUUCUUGCUUAGCAUUCGUGCAGCUGGAAGGGGCCUCAAUCUUCAAUCUGCUGACACAGUUAUCAUAUAUGAUCCUGAUCCGAACCCUAAAAAUGAGGAACAGGCAGUUGCCAGAGCCCACCGAAUUGGACAGACAAGAGAGGUCAAAGUCAUUUAUAUGGAAGCCGUUGUUGACAAAAUUUCUAGCCAUCAGAAAGAGGAUGAAUUAAGAAGUGGAGGUGCUCUUGAUCUAGAAGAUGACUUUGCAGGUAAAGAUCGGUACAUGGGAUCUAUUGAGAGCCUCAUAAGGAAUAACAUUCAGCAAUAUAAGAUUGACAUGGCUGAUGAGGUCAUCAAUGCUGGACGCUUUGACCAAAGAACAACACAUGAAGAGAGACGGAUGACUUUAGAGACAUUACUACAUGAUGAAGAGCGGUAUCAAGAAACAGUCCAUGAUGUUCCAUCACUGCAAGAGGUAAAUCGCAUGAUAGCAAGGAGUGAAGAUGAAGUUGAAUUAUUUGAUCAAAUGGAUGAGGAGUUGGAUUGGACUGAAGAGAUGACAAGCUAUGGCCAAGUCCCUAAUUGGCUUCGAGCCAGUACAAGAGAUGUGAAUGCUGCAAUUGCUAAUUUAUCAAAGAAACCGUCAAAAAAUAUCUUAUUUACCAGUGGUAUGGGUAUGGGAACCAAUGAAAUGGAAACUGAAAGAAAAAGAGGGCGACCCAAGGGGAAAAAGUCUCCGAACUACAAAGAAGUUGAUGAUGACAAUGGGGAAUACUCUGAAGCUAGUUCUGAUGAGAGAAAUGGAUAUUCUGCACGUGAAGAAGAGGGAGAAAUCAGAGAAUUUGAAGAUGAUGAAUCUAGUGGUGCAGUUGGGGUUGGGGCACCUCCCGUUAACAAGGACCAAUCAGAUGAUGACGGUCCAGCAUGUGAUAAUAGCUAUGAGUAUCCCCGGGCUUCAGAAAGCGCCAGAAAUAACCGGAUGGUAGAAGAAGCUGGUUCCUCUGGAUCUUCCUCUGAUAAUCGAAGAAUGACAAGAAUGGUCUCUCCUGUUUCUUCACAGAAGUUUGGAUCCCUCUCUGCAUUAGAUGCUAGACCAGGUUCUGUUAGUAAAAGGCUGCCAGAUGAAUUGGAGGAAGGGGAAAUUGCAGUGUCAGGAGAUUCUCACAUGGAUCACCAGCAACCUGGGAGUUGGAUACAUGAUCGUGAUGAAGGUGAAGAUGAACAGGUUCUGCAGCCUAAGAUAACCCGAAAACGUAGUAUUCGGGUUCGGCCACGCCAUACCUUGGAAAGACCAGAGGAGAAGUCUGGCAUUGAGCCACAACGUGGAGAUUCAUGUUUGAUGCCAUUCCAAGUGGACCAUAAAUAUCAAGCUCAGUUGAGGACUGAUGCUGAAAUGAAAACAUUUAGAGAGCCUGAUGCUUCCAGGCAUGAUCAGAGUGAUUCCUCUAAAAGCAGGAGGAACUUACCUUCAAGGAGAAUAGGUAAUACAUCAAAGUUGCAUGCUUCACCAAAGUCCAGCAGAUUGAAUAUACAGUCUGCUCCUGCUGAAGAUGCUGAAAUCUCUAGAGAGAAUCGGGAUGGCAAAGCUACAAAUACAAGUGGGAACUCAUUGCUGGGCUCUAAGAUGUCUGACGUCAUACAGAGAAGGUGUAAGAAUGUAAUUAGCAAGUUCCAGAGGAGAAUAGAUAAGGAAGGGCAACAAAUUGUGCCUCUCCUAACGGAUUUGUGGAAGAAGAUUGAGAAUUCUAGUUACACGAGUGGUGUUGGAAAUAACCUUUUGGAUUUGCGGAAGAUUGAAUUACGUGUUGACAAAUUAGAGUACAAUGGAGUCAUGGAACUUGUAUUUGAUGUGCAAUUUAUGUUGAAGGGUGCUAUGCAAUUCUAUGGGUUCUCGCAUGAGGUGAGAUCUGAAGCAAGGAAAGUACAUGAUCUCUUUUUUGACAUCUUGAAGAUUGCAUUUCCAGACACUGAUUUCCGAGAAGCCAGAAAUGCUCUCUCUUUCUCCAGCCCUAGUUCUGCACCAUCCCCAGCCACAAGACAGGUGGCUAUAGGUCAAAGCAAGAGACGUAGGUCAAUAAAUGAGGUAGAACCAGACAAUAAUACUACCCACAAGCCAAUUCAACGAGGGUCAAUUCCUGCUAAUGAGGACACAAUGGUCAAAGUCCACUUGUCGAAGGAAACAAGGCAUGGGAGUGGAAGUGGUAGUAGCCGGGAACAGCAUCAGCAGGAUGAUUCUCCAUUGCAUCCAGGCGAGUUGGUUAUCUGCAAGAAGAAGAGAAAAGACAGGGACAAGUCAGUGGUGAAGUCAAGGGCUGGAUCAAGUGGUCCAGUUUCUCCCCCCAGCAUGGGUCGUAAUAUCAUGAGUCCAGUUCCAAAGGAAUUGAGAAUGGGUCAGCAGAACUCCCACCAGCAAGGCUGGGCCAACCAGCCUCAAGCAUCAAAUAAUGGUAGUGGUAGUGGAGGCGGCAGUGUUGGUUGGGCAAAUCCGGUAAAAAGAUUGAGAACAGAUGCCGGUAAAAGAAGGCCAAGCCAUUUAUGACUCUAAUGAAGAUAGUGUAUAAUGGGAAAAGGAAGAAAUAAUAAAUUGUUGCCGUUUAGCUGCAGAGUGUAUUAGUAGCCCUUUGUGGCUUGUAGCAAAUGCAGUUAGCCCAUACUGUUAAUAGAGCGUAGGUCAUUGAUCCUCCAUUGUAUACUGUUUCCAUGAUUUGAGAAAUCCAAUAGUCUUCGCGUCUGCGUCUUGCAGUAA